UUCAACGUAGCUGAUAAGACUGAAAGCUACCAGAAACGGGGUUUAGGCCAGGCUUCUUUAAAACUGUAGAGACUGGCAACUUGAUAUAUUUCUCGAUUUCAAUUAAACAAUAUUUUUACUUAUCACAGCUUUAUUGGUGGUUGAACACAAAUUUUCGCCUUAUAAAACGCAUAUGCCGCGCACAUUCAAUAUAUUUACUAUAUAUCCGCUUGUUUUAUUAUUUCUGCGAAUUUUUUUUUUCGUUUGGCAUAUGUAGAAUUACACAAAGCAUAUCGAAUUUAAUUGUUUUCAAAUGAAAAUGCAUUUCUAAUGCUUUGGACAUCCGCUUAAUGACAAAUAUCUCGUAAUCGCAGAUUCAGUGUUGACACAGUUUUCCUACAGUCUAGUCGCAAUCUGGACUACAUAUUUUACUAAUAGUUACUUUUUGUAUUUAAAUUAUGACAACUGCUAAUAAAGUUAUACUUUGUUGAAGAGUGUCUUUGAAAGCCAACAAAAUGAUUACGAUUAAAGAAGUGAUACGGAUCAUUGUAAUACAAAUAUAUAUGCUUUUAUACUACUUUUCGUGUUUUAUUGCCUAUUAUUAUACGCUAAAAGGACUUCUCUUUGGUGGUUUACUUGUAAGAACUGCGGUCAUUAUUUAUUUAAUAUACGAGCUGGUUAACUACCACGUCUACCACUGUACUUACGAUGGCAACGGUCCUCUGCUAUUGCGUUCGGAGCGCGGUUUAGGCGUCAUGCGUGAUUACUUUCCGGUAAGAAUACGGAAGACAGCCGAUAUUCCACCAAAUCGUAAUUACUUGCUAGCAUAUUUUCCACAUGGAAUAUUGACCGUAGGUAUAAGCUUGAAUAUGCUGCUCGAAGUAACGCAUUUCAUGCGUUUAUUUCCCGGUAUUCGGCCGAAGGCCGCCACUUUAAGCGUUAAUUUUUGGCCGCCAUUUUUUCGUGAAAUAUGGCGUUGUUUUGGCUAUAUAUCAUCAUCCAAGCCAUCAUUAUCAUACUAUUUAAAUAAGUCGAAUGAUCCAGCACAUCCUGAUAAUGCAGAUGGCUUUACAUCAUAUAUGAUUGCUUUGGCGGUGGGCGGUGAACAAGAAGCUCUACUAACUCAACCGGGAAAGUAUACGAUUGUGUUGAAAAAACGUUUGGGUUUUGUGAAAUUGGCCAUACAAACGGGUUCGCCAAUUGUGCCAUCCUUUGGUUUCGGUGAAAAUGAUUUAUAUACGCUACUCGAUAAAGCUUGGUUCCGAGUAAUACAAAAGUUUUUUAAAACAUUUUUCGACUUCACACCUAUGUUGCUGAAAGGUCGAGGUGGAAACUAUUUUCUGCCUUAUAAGAAGAGGGUAACGUUUGUGGUUGGCAGUCCCAUUGAUGUUAAAAGGACUACCAAUCCGGACUCGGCAUACAUCGAAGAGAUACACGCAAAAGUUGUGGAAGCUGUACGUGAAUUAUUCGAAACUUACAAAAGUGAAUAUAUUGAGAAUAGUGAAGAAGCUGAGCUUGUUAUAAUUUGAACAACUUUUUUAUGAUAUAUGUAACUGUAUGUAGUUCGGUUUAGAGUCAUAACCUUCAUUUAUGUUAGAGUAUAAAGGAAUUAAGUCGACCUUUUUAAACUUUGUUUGUGCAAUUGUCUUAUGGACUUCGUAGCUUUGCAUAACUUGUAAAAUAAUAAAAAAUAAUAAAAGUUGGACUUUUCUCACAACAAACCGGAAAUAA